AUGAGCUCGCGAAAGCCAGCUAAGAAGAAGGCAUCCCAACGCAGCCGUCGCAAGAAGGUGUUCAUUUCGCUGCGUUUUGGAGAGGCUGGCCAUGCAGGCAAGCUGCUCAAGCGAGAGUUGGAGCAGGUGCACGGCCUGGACGUGUUCCUGUGUGACGUUGAGCCUGGUGGCAACAUGGAAGAAGAGAUCAUCACGGCUCUCGCGGCCUGUGACUUGGCUGUCAUCAUGGGCACCAAGACGUACGGCAAGAAGACGCCUUCCACCUUCAGCACUUAUGAGGAGCUGCGGUUUAUCACGGCAAGGCAGAAGCCAUUUUUCUUCAUCAAGAUGUGUGACGACUUUGAGGAGGAGUUCGCCCAGUUCCAUCUUCCGGAUUCCAUCUCCUACUUUCCCUGGAUCCCUGCAUCCAACGAUCCAGAAUCCAUGACGCUUCCACCCGACCUCACCUCCGCCAUCGUGAACAAGCUCACCCACAUCAGCACAACUAACGGCGUGACAGGCGGCAAGGGUCGCUCAAUUGCCAUCACCCGGCAGCUCCCAACCACGCUGGACGCUGGCCUGACACAGUGGCUGCAGCGUUACAACAUGUUGUCCUCCAUGGGGCUGGUGCUUGAGAAGCACCACAUCACAAGUCUUCACAAGUUGGAGCAGGCAACAGAGGCCAUGCGGAACCCAAGAAAGCGUGCACUGGCGAAGCGGCAGCAGCAACAGCACCAGGGGAAGAAACGAGAAGUGCAGGGAAGCGAACCCAAGCCAACGAAGGGCGUGCGACAGCUGCAUGAAGGAGUGCUGAUGAAAGAGAAGGAGUUGAAGCCAGCAGAGAUUGCCAAAUUCCGGCGAGCGUGCAAGGCGAAGACGUGGCGCAACAACGAUAUGGGAAAUGAGAAAGAUGCGAAGGUGGAUGGCACAGAAGAGGUGCGUGAAAACGAAGAUGCAAAGCAGGCAGGCGACACGUUUAAUGAUGAGGCAGGCCACGAAGAAGAACAAAAUAAGGUGCAACCGCAACAGCAAGCGAGUGAAACACCACCGCCUGUGCGUGAGAAUGUUGCGAAUGAAGCGCUGUUUCGGACGUGCUUGGAGAAAGUGAGCGACGAGGACGGCGGAACGGCGAUUGGGGAGGCACUGAAAGUCAACACCACGCUGACAUCGCUCGAGUUAGUUGUCGAGUGA